AAUCCCUACCCCAUCGGCAACCACCUGCCUCUGUGUAUGGCGUCUGUGGAGAAGCUCACAGCCUUGUUCAAAUUAUUCUUCUUGGUGGCGGUGCUGCUGCAAUGGGGAGGCAGCCAUGCCCAACAACCUUACCUCAACAACAAGCAGCUGAACUGCUCGGAGCAAAGUGAUAACUUCACCAAAGGAUAUUACUGCAACGGCCUCCACAAAUCAUGCGCCUCCUAUAUCACCUUCCGCUCCACCCCUCCAUACAACACUGCCGUCGCCAUAGGCUACCUCCUCAACGCCAACGCCACCCAGAUCGUCUCCCUCAACAACUUCCCCUCCGACUUCGCCACCAUCCCCUCCGACACGCUGGUGCUUGUCCCCGUCAACUGUUCGUGCUCCGGUAACUACUACCAGUACAACUCCUCCUACACUGUGAUUGUAAACGAUACUUAUUUGAUCAUCUCCAACAACACCUACCAGGGUCUCACCACUUGCCAAGCCAUGAUGGCUCAGAACCCCUAUGACCCCCGGGCUCUUACGGUGGGCAAUAGGCUGCUCGUUCCUCUUCGAUGUGCCUGUCCCACUUCUGCCCAGAGCGCCGCCGGUUUCAAGUACUUGAUCUCCUAUCUGGUCAUCACGGGUGAUUUCAUUUCUACAAUUGCUGCGAAAUUUACCGCUGAAGUGCAAAGCGUAUUCGAUGCCAACGAGCUCAGUAGUAACGUUAUAUAUCCAUCCACACCCAUCCUCGUUCCCCUUAGGGCAGAACCCAAAAUCAAUGAAUCGCAGCAGACCUCCCCUCCCCCGCCUCCUCCUCCACAGACACCCACCGGAGUUGGAGAAUCCAAAUCUUCCAAAAAAUGGGUGUUCGUGGGUGUCGCCGCGGCAGCCAGCUCGCUCAUCCUCCUCGGUCUCUUUGGGUUUUUAUUUUACUUCAACAAACGUCGUUCUCGGAAACCGAAGCCACUCCUCGAACCCAGGCCGCCACUGCCGACGCCUCAACUCCGGAAAUUCUCAGAUUCAUCAGAUUUCCCUCCUUCUAUAUCUUCCCAAGGGAUUCGACAUGAAAUUGAAUCCUUGACCCUGUACAAAUUCGGGGACAUCCAAGCUGCAACCGGAAAUUUCGAUGAAACAAAUAGGAUCAAGGGGUCUGUUUACCGGGCUUCUUUCAAGGAUGAUGAUGCUGCUGUUAAGGUGAUGAAAGGGGAUGUAUCUGCGGAGAUCAAUCUACUCAAGAAGAUCAAUCACACCAACAUUAUCCGCCUCUCUGGAUUCUGCUUCCAUGAAGGCAGUUCUUACCUUGUGUACCAGUAUGCAGAGAAUGGCUCUAUAAGCGAUUGGCUUCAAUCAAACAAGAAUCAAGCUUCCCAUACCCUGUCGUGGCAGCAGAGAGUUAGGAUUGCAUAUGAUGUAGCUGAUGCACUCAAUUACCUCCAUAACUACACAAACCCUCCCUAUAUCCACAAGAACUUGAAAACCAGCAACAUUCUCUUGGACGGAAACUUCAGAGCCAAGAUUGCCAAUUUUGGAUUAGCUAGAACCUUAGAGAAUGGUAAUGAUGGUGGACUGCAACUCACCAGACAUGUAGUUGGGACUCAAGGAUAUCUGGCUCCAGAGUACAUUGAAAACGGAGUGAUUACACCAAAGUUGGAUGUUUUUGCAUUUGGGGUCGUGAUGUUGGAGCUUCUGUCUGGACGGGAAGCAGCAGCAGCAGCUGAAAGGAACGGUGAGGGGGAGUUGCUGUCUGCAUCUAUAGAAAGGGUGCUUGAAGGGGAUAAUGUAAGAGAGAAGCUUGAAGGAUUCAUGGAUCCUGCUCUCCAGCAUGAAUACCCACUGGAGCUGGCCUUCUCUAUGGCACAACUGGCUAAAAACUGUGUUGCUCAUGAUCUGAAUGCUCGCCCCUCCACCGCUGAUGCUUUAAAUACACUUUCCAAGAUUCUUUCAUCUUCGUACAACUGGGAUCCCUCUGAUGAGCUUGAUCGUUCCACGUCUAUGAGCAGCUCCAGAUAGAUCACUUGGUUUAAUUUAUCACUUGGACAGAGGUUAAGCCAUCUUUCUCCUGUUGAAGUGUAAUUUCAAUACAAUAAAAAUUUAGUAAUGAC